CGCCCGUCGCCAGAUCUUUUUUUCCCGCCAGCAAAACUCCACCGGGGGAGUUUGAGGGGUUUGGAGGGCAAUGAGGAGCAGCAGGGCAAGAGGAUUUUCGGCUUGGGGUCAGAGGUGGGGGGAACUGGGAUCCCAUCAAGCCCAGGCAGCAGGGCCACUGGUCAGGGAUGAUGGGAGUUCAGCCACAACAGGGUCCCCACCCCCAGAAUGACUGGCUUCCUUCCUGACAAAUGGAACAGAAGAGAGUGUUUCUGAGCAUGUGGAGAUUUGGCUGCAGCCCAAUUUGACGCUGUCCCAAGAUGGCAACAGUUGGAUUGGUGUCUUCGUGUGCCGGUGUGCGUCCCAUGGCGCCUUUGCUGAGACAGGGGGUUCAGAAAAUGAGAUCGUCCCAGUUGCACACCACAGCCAGGUCUGCUUCGAAGGAUUACUACGAGGUGCUUGUGCUAGGAGGAGGCACCGGCGGGGUCUCCAUGAGUGCCCGGAUGAAGCGAAAAGUCGGAGCUGGCAAUGUGGCGGUUGUGGAGCCCAGUGAGAAGCACUAUUAUCAGCCGCUCUGGACUUUGGUUGGGGCAGGAGCAAAACCACUGGCACCCUGUUCCCGUCCAACGGCAAGUGUGAUUCCUUCCGGUGUAAAGUGGAUCCAAUCCAGAGUUCAGAAGCUGGAUCCAGACAAGAACUGUGUCCAUCUGGAGAACAACCAAAAGAUAUCUUACAAGUAUUUGAUCAUCGCCCUUGGGCUCCAGCUGCAUUUUGAAAAGAUCAAGGGUUUGCCCGAAGCUUUCAGCACUCCUAAAAUAGGCUCCAAUUAUUCCGUUCACACCGUGGAGAAAACUUGGAAGGCUCUGCAAGAUUUCCAGGGAGGAAAUGCCAUCUUCACCUUUCCAAACACACCCGUGAAAUGUGCCGGUGCGCCGCAAAAGAUCAUGUACUUGUCAGAGGCGUACAUGAGAAAGACUGGGAAACGACCGAAAGCCAAAAUAAUCUUCAAUACUGCCCUUGGAGUGAUUUUUGGUGUUCAGAAGUAUGCCGAUGCUCUGCUAGAGAUUAUCAAAUCGAGGGACAUUACAGUCAACUACAAAUACAACCUUGUUGAAGUUCGAGCUGAUAAACAGGAAGCAGUCUUUGAGAACUUGGACAAAAGUGGGGAGACGGAGGUCUAUCAGUACGAAAUGCUUCAUGUCACACCCCCCAUGGGACCCCAAAACGUGCUUCUGAACAGUCCGGUUUCAGAUGCUGGGGGCUGGGUCGAUGUAGACAAGGAGACAUUGCAGCACAAGAAAUACCCAAAUGUGUUUGGGAUCGGAGACUGCACUAACCUCCCCACUUCAAAGACGGCUGCAGCUGUAGCUGGCCAGUCUGGUGUGCUUGAUAAAACCAUUUCUUGCGUAAUGAAGGGCAAGCCUCCAGCUAAAAAGUAUGAUGGAUACACAUCCUGUCCCCUGGUAACCAACUACAACCGUGCGAUCCUGGCAGAAUUUGAUUACAGCGCGCAGCCUUUAGAAACGUUUCCUUUUGACCAGAGCAAGGAGCGGCUGACAAGUUUUCACAUGAAAGCUGAUCUCAUGCCUUUCCUUUACUGGCAUGGGCUAUUGAAGGGAUACUGGGGAGGUCCGGCUCCGAUACGAAAACUGCUACACCUAGGGUUGAAGUAGCCGCCAGUCCUUUUGUACCUGCUAUGAACCACAAAAGUACGACCACAGCUUUAAAAGGUAUACAGCAAGAUAUAGAAACAGAUGUCCUGUGCAGUUAGUAUAUCAAUAAAAGUUUCUGAGCAGACUAGAGCUUCAGACUCAUAAAUACUUGGAUUUUAUGUAUUAUUUUUUAAAGCAAAUAAACUUGGUACUUUUCAAUGUC